UUAUUUAUUUUUCUCUCUUUCUCAUCUCUCCUCCCCCGCGCUGUGAUUUUGGAAAGGGAUUAUUUUUAGUUCCAGGGGUUUCUGUGGGGGUGUUUGAGGUCCCGUUACAGGGACGGUUCGAGUGGCCUUGUUGUCUCUCGGGCUCGGCGUGUUCGCCCCUUUGUUGCAGCCGGAGCCCAGCUCUUCCCCUCUCGCCUGGUCCUGGGGCUUCCUAGCUGCAGGCUUUAGGUGGUGUAACUUUGCAAAGUUGUUGCCCCCUCCCCGCUAAGAGAGAGUUUGUGUGUCGGUGGAGGGUCGCUGACAGAUGGAGCCGGGAUUAGCGCCAGUUCCUGCUUCACUGAAACAAAAGCUGCACCUCAAUGGCGGCAAACUUUAUGCCCAAGUUUAUUCUGGUUCAUUUUUGCAAUUAACUUUAUUUAUUGAUCCGAGUUUGCAGCGGGAAAGCGGCGAGUGUUUGCGGAUGAUGGAGGUUUUGACUUUGAGCGCGUUAUUGCAUUUUAAAUGUAAAGAGUGAGGUCCGCAGCUGCUGCCCGGUUGUUUCCAGUGAUGUGUCCGGGCCGGGCUACUUGUGUUUCUGAUCCCAUAACUAACACCUCUCUGCCACUGCUACUGCCAGCAGCCGUGGGCGGCCGGGGCUCGGACAGUGACUCUGUGGACGAGGGCAUGGCCGGCAAGAGGAAGCGCCAUGUCAUCUUCUCCAAGGAGUCGGUGAAGGUUCUGCGGGACUGGUUGUACGAGCAUCGCCUGAACGCCUACCCAUCGGAGCAGGAGAAGCUGAGCUUAUCCGGACAGGCCGACCUCAGCGUAUUACAGGUUUCUAACUGGUUCAUCAAUGCAAGGAGGAGACUUCUGCCGGAUAUGUUGCGGAAAGAUGGCAAAGAUCCCCAUCAGUUCACCAUUUCUCGGAAGAGUAAAUCCUCUGAACUGACCCCGUCACGAAGAACAGGUGCACCAAACCUGGAGAAUUCUGCUUCAGCCACGGCUUCCACUAUCUUACCUGCAUCUAUCCGACCUUCUGUCAUCUGUCACGCAACAACAUCCACAGUCAAAGACAUAUCUUUACUCUUCUGCCCAGACUCUGGAAAUGGUGAUGAGAACACAUCAAAACUAACUGAUCAUAAGCUAGUUCAACCUCUGUUUAACACUGAUAACCCCACUGACUUAGUGAUAUGCACGGGCCCAACCAGUCCUAACAAUGGGCUGUUCAACACACCUCCACCCACUCCACCAGAACUCCACCAGGACUUCAGUGGGUUCCAGUUACUGGUGGAUGUGGCACUCCAGCAAGCUGCCGAGCUGGAAUCUCAGAAACAGAAUGUCAUGGUUUCAUCUUAAAUGCACAGGCAGAGAAACAUGGUGGCCGGGAAUAGAAAUAUAGAUGUCAAAGAAAUCUUGUCAGUUGGUUCUGGUCUCUGGAUGGGCAUUGAUAUGUUGCUAAAUACAGUUGUACUGUCCAUUUUGGACAAACAAUCAUUAAAAUGCAUUUCUUCUGGUUGGAGAUAGAGUUUAAAGUCUGCCCACUUGAAUUAAAUUUCUCAUGGGUGAAUGAUUGAUUGUAGACCUCGGAGUGAAGGGUUGCAAUAAUUAUUCUCAGAGCCUCUCUUGUAGAUUUGCACUCUGCAGUGUGUAGAUUCUGGGAUUUCAACAGAAUAAGCAUCAGUAGCUUUCUGUAUUUUUGACUGCAGAUAUAUAUAAACUGUAAUUGUGUUUCAAGGAAUUGCAGAUAACUUAAAUCUUAUAUUAAUCUGUGGCUACUGUUCCCAUUUUAAGAUUUGAGCUUAAAGUAGGUUGUUUUUCCUCUGAACACUACUGUCCUGAUUGCAGAUAUAGUGAGUAUAGAACAAGAGGCAGCACAGCUUCAUGCGGGUCUCCUGGAUGGAAAUUCUGUGGCACGUUCUUUAGUUCUCGAUACGUGCACAGUGUCAGAAUUAUUAUGAUGCUAGUAGAAUAUUUUUUCAUUUGUAUAUAAUGGAUCUUUACUACUGAGCUGAAAAUUGUAACUUUAAAUUGUGGUUCUUAGAGGAAAAUUAUAAAAUUAAAUGGCAGCUUCCUUUAAAUUACUACUUAAUAGAUUAUGAUGUAGCAAUGUGACAUUAGCUCAGAGAUAUUAAUUUGUAAUUUUUGAAUACAGAACUCAAGGUAAACAUAUCUGUUUGUUAGUUAUUUGUGAAUGUAGUUUUCUUUUGAUUUUUAAUUCCUUUUAAAAUGUAGUACUUUGUUUAAAGGUGAUGUGAGACGUUUUAUAAUAGUCCUAAAAUCAUCUACAUGGUAGACUUGGAGCCAAAUAAAUAUUUUUUUUCAGAUUCUAAAGUGUCACACACCACAGUUAUAAAAUAAAUUGUAUUUUGAGAAAGUCUUGUAUAUUUAAAAAAAGGGAACCAGUGAUUUUAAGCUCCACUCACGCAAACUGUGAUCCUUACUGACCACAACACUGCAAGUCCCCAGUGGCACUGUGGCACUGGUUUCUGCAAAUUGCAGGAGAAAGACUUUUGUUGGCAGACAAUUUACUUUUGAUGUGGGAGCUGCAGAUCUUUGUACGUCAGCCCUUUACUGUAAAUUGUAUGCAGGCCAAAACUGUAUACUUGUGGUUCUACAAAGUAGCUUUAUGUAAAUCCAAAUCCUAUUUGUAACAGAAGCGUUAAAAGUUUGGUUCAGUGUUAAUGCAAAAAGGGGCUUUGCAGAUCCUGUAUAUAAGUGAGAUAAUGCAAAUGUGCCUUAUGAUGGUGGUGUUUUUUUUUUGUUAUUUUAAGGGACCACCCAACGCGCCCAGUCUUCAGUCUCAAUCUGUGCAAUAUUUCAAGGGGUACUUUCACUCCAUUCUUUGUCUUACGGGAACAUUGAUCACAUCUGUGAAUUUUUUUUAAAUACCACUCUAAUAAAAAAUUGACAU